GUCAACAAAUUAAAAAAUAUACUUACGAUUUAUUUAUCAAACUUUUUAUUAUAAUUAUUGAGAAUAAAUUCAAUAUCACUUUCGAUAACGAUCAGCAAAUUUCUUUAUACAUUUCAACCACAUUCAACGUAUAAAUUUUGUAUACAUAUUACGUAUAUUUAUGUAAAUGCUUUGAUACAGUUUCUCAACUUCUGUGCAAUUUAUUUGAUUGGUCCGUUCCACUAGUAACCUACUAAAUGACCAAUCAAAAUUGGUCUGUAAAGAUACACUAACUUUCAGGGGUGUCAAAACAAACCUGUGUCAAGUGUUCAUUUAUUAUAUUACAGAACGUCAAGAAGAAUAAAUAUGAAAAAAUUGCAGUAUUAAGUAAUAUAAAAGUUGCAAUAUUAAUUUAUAAAUUUCUGUUAUUUUAGCUACUUACUACAAAAGAAAAUUCUAAUCGAAAUUUUUGACUGCGGAAAUUCACGCAUAAAUAAGCUUUGUGUGUGGAGUAUCGCCGCCCCUGCUUAGUUUUCAAAUGUUUCGACAUGCGCAUUACUCAAAUCUUUUAUUAUUUUCUGCCACCGACAAUAGUGCACGUGCAAAACCGGCAUCAUAGAAAAAAUUCGAAACUGUGAAUGUUUUUGUGGUUUAAAAAGUUGUACAAAAAAUAAGUACUAUUUCUUACGUUUACUUACCUGUGAUUUCAUAUUUUGAAAUUUUUUUCUGUAGACUUCAGAAUUUCAAGGUAUACUUUUGCCGAACAAGUCGAUGCACGUUUUCACAAUAAAAAUAUAUGUCAAUAUUGUGAUUAUAUACGCGCGUAUAGUAUGUAAAACAAUUUUCGGUUUUUUUUCGGAAAUCACAAGUAGAAACUCUUUUUCUACUUGAAUCUUGAAUCAGCACAAAUGUGAAAAUAAUACGCCAAAUUCUGGGGACGAUUUGUUUGUAUUAAAAAUUCGACAAAUACAUAAUGUUUUUUUACGUGCAAUAUUUAAGUGGAAGUAGAAGAGGUACAAAAAGGUUUCUCACAGAUGCUGAUUUUAAAAAGCCUCCAAUGGUAGAAAAUGCUGAUUCAGUAAAUAAAAAGAAGAAAUAUAAAGUUGUUGGUACAGAAAACAUUUUUGAUAAUGUUGCUAUAUUAUUCGCUGCAGACAACCUAGGAGUACUACAAAGAAUUGUAGCAAAUAGUAGACCACGAUUCAAUAAUAAACUUUUGGAUUCAGCAUCCUCAUCGUCGGAAGCACCUUCAACUAGUGGCAAAUUUAAGAAAAGUGCUCAAGCUGCCAGAGCUGCGGAAAUUAAAAAGCAAAUUGCUGAUAAACAAAAUGCACUGCGUUCAAAGCAAAAUAUCAUUGAUUUAGGAAGCCCGUCCUCAAGUUCCAAAAAUCAAAAUGACCAAUUACCGUCAAAAAAAACCUCGGAAAUUAAAAAGCAAAUUGCUGAUAAACAAGACGAAUUGCGUUCAAAACCAAAAAAUAUUGAUUCAGGAAACCCGUCCUCAAGUUCCGAAAAUCAAAAUGACCAAUUACCGUCAAGAAAAACCUCUGUUGAAAAAUCAAAGAUUGAUCAUAGCUCGUCCAUACCACAAACAAUCAAGGAACCAGUUCUCAUGUCUCCAUUAAUGGAUGUGAGUGACUUUAUUCCUCAAGAAACUAAUUUUUCUAUUGGAAACGAAAUUCUGACAGCGGACGCAAAUGUAGUUUGCAAUAAUUUAUCUUGCAAUUUACGAAUUUUUAAUAACGAACAAACAGUUAACAAUGUAACUAAGCUUUUGGAGCAACAGUUGAGAAUAGUAGAAGAACAACGCAUUGAGAUACAACAUUUAAAUGAAAAUAUCAAAGAGUUAAAUGAGAAAUUGCAGCAAAAAGGCGACGAAUUUCAAGCAACGUUGCUCAAGGACAAUAACUCUACCACUCUCCGUUCUCCAUAUCCUCCUUCUGGAUUUUUGCGAGCGUCAGAUGAUCACAUCCAUCUUGGUAAAGGAAUUUGGCUGCCAAAAGUAAAGUACAAUGAAGCUUGUAACGCAGACUCACCCUCUCUUUUUGUAAAAAUGAUGUGUGACAUGCUAUUCACACCUGAAGAACUUAAAGAAUCUACACUCACAGGAAAACCUAGUAACAGGCAAAAAAAAUCUCCGAGGAAUCCAAAAAAAUUGGAUGCAACUAAAGUUUUAAGCAUCAAAGAAAUAACAAGACACUGGUUGGAAACUUGUGUGCAUUAUUCUGAUGAACUUGUGGACAUAGAAGUGGAAAGUGUAAAAAAAUACAUUGGUGCAAAAAUUGCAGAUUUGAAUCGACCUUUGAUUCCAAAACAAAAGUCAAAGAAAAAAAAGAGUAAUAAUCAUGUUGAUCAUGAAGAAUCAUCUGAUAUUCUAAAAGAAGAAAUCAUAGAUUUAGACUCGGAUUUGGAUAAUCUUCCAUCAAGCAAAAGUGAUGACAAGGAGGAGACAGACAAUGAGAUGGAAGAUGAGCUAGACAUUGAGAAUCCUGGUGCAUCCAAAAUGGCAAACUUCGACGAGAAAUUAGGAUACAUUGGAGAUUUAGCAAAAGAUUCUUAAACAUGUUUUCUCGUAAACACUUUAUAAAGCUUUUA